AUGCCCGAAGUGCUGGCUACUUCGAUCUUUGCGUUGAUACGCUCGCGGAGGACAGCGAGGGCGUCGCGCCUGCUCGUGGGCGUGGAUAGCAUAACCUCUGACCUGCCGGCGUCCUCGUCCACAAGAGCUGCGAGCACACUCUGCGCCGCCAGGCCUGUGUCAGGCGAAGGCGGGAGUGCGAUUGACCGUGCCAAGUCUGCUCGACCCCAGUGCCACACUACUGUAUAUGACUUGCCGAGACACAGGAGACACUGCAAGACGUACCUCAUUGAAGCCCCGCAGACCACCCGCAUCAUGUCCUCAUGCUUUAUGUUGCUGAUCCACAUCCUUACUCUACCAGUAACGCAGGAGCUGCUUUAUUUCUCCAUGGUGCAAGUUGGCAAGAGCAUUCAAGAAAGGGACCUCACCUCGGUGUUGCUCCCCAAUGCGAUCCCAACCUUUGUCAAGAUAUGGCCUCCUCGGACGCGACAGACUGUGCCGUGCGCGGAAAGCAAUCAGCCGUUCAACAGGAAAAUAGGCCGAGAGACACACAACAAAGGCCACAUGUCACAUGAGUCGCGUUGCAACAUGUUCUAUCAAACGUCUGCACAGCGCGCGAUGUCUGUAUAUGACAUCGUGAACGAAGUCGUUAGCCACUUCUCUCCGAGCAGAGAACACAGCGCAGACCUCGCGCGUCUCGCCCUGGUCAACUUGACUUUCUCUGAUAUCGCUGUCAAAUACCUAUGGGAGGACGUAGACAUCGUUCACGCUCUCCGCCUGUUCUCCGGCUUCGAAGUUGUGUCUGCUGACGACCCGACUUACCGCAUCAGUGGCGACAUAUCUGCAAACGAGUGGGCUCGUUUCAAAAAGUGCGCCACUUAUGUACGAAGACUGGAGGUUGACUUCGGGCCAUCGAUGUCCGGUGCUCAGGUUCUCAAGGACCUGCUAGAUGCACAUCCUGAGGGGCCUUUGUUCCCUCAACUACGCAUCCUGCGCUGGCGUCGAGGCUCCCCCGCGGAUACAUCUGCUCAGCAUCUCAUUUCCCCGACUCUGCGCGCCUUUGAGUUCACUGGGGAUCACAUCGGCCCUGAAAGCGAGGAUGAGGGUAUCAAGGCCAUCCUCCGCACCGUCUUCUCCACGGCGGGUGAUUCACUUCAGGAGAUGGCCAUAUUCCGUGAUAUCCAUCCCGCCUCUCUCAUGCCUGAGCUGUGGCCUGCCAGCCUACGCCAAGUCGACCUAAACUGCCCCUUCAUCGAUGCGGGCAUGAUCACGAGGCUCAGUCGCUUACGGUCGCUCACUCGCCUUUCGCUUGUAUUUGGGCGGAUAAACGGCCCACUCCGGAACAUAUCUGGCUUCAACGCUCUGGAGAAGCUCUACCUCUGCGGCAACCCGAUGCAAGUCAACCAGAUAAUGGGCUGCAUCACGUCGCCUGUCCUCCACGAGCUGGAAGUGUCAGGCUGCUCGCAGGAGAGCUCAUCGGAAUGGCGCGACUGCCUCGCCACAAUUGCAAGCCAGUUCCGUUCGCUGCGCGACUUCAGGUGCGAUCUGUAUCUGAGAUGGAACGAUCCAUCUUGCGCGUCAUUCGGCGCGUUCAGCAAGCCCUUAUUGGCGCUUCCCCUGCAGAACGUCGAUAUCGUGCUGGUGGGAUCUGGGGUGCGGCUGUGGUCGAUCGGGGACCUCGCGGUGAUGGCAAGGACCUGGCGUGACCUACGCAGGUUCAUAUUCUCGUGGGGCCACGAAGCGGAGCCCCAUGCACGCCCGAUUUUGAACCCAGCGGCAAUCCUGGAGUUCAUCAAACGCUGCCCUCGAUUGGAGGCCUUGUGGCUGCCGAAGGUAGACCUCCGGCAGAAGUACCUGAAGGACAUCCCUUCAGUGGUCUCGUCUAGCCUAGUCGAGCUGGACGUCGAGUACUGGACCCACUCGGAGGUAGAAGAUCCCGCGUACGCCGCGAAAUGGCUGCAUUCCAUUGCACCGAACCUCGACCUCGAGGCGAUGGGGGCAAUGCGGUGUGCGGACUGGGAUGAGGAUUCCGACGUCGCCUCCGAGGACGCGGAUCCUGUACACGAUGCAGGGGACGACAGUGAAGGCGAAGGCGAGGCCGGGAACGAUGACGACCGCGAGAAUGAAAAGGAUGCGCAAGGUGGUCCAAACGGCGACCAGAACGAGACUGACCACGAUGCAAGUGAAACUGAGGUUGCUGACGAUGAUGCGAGCACCACCGAGGUUGACGACGACGAUGUUGCGAGUUCCACGGACGUUGCUGACGAAGACGAGUCGACCUGGGCAGCAGUUAUCCGCCACAUAGCACAUCUACAGAAGCGUUGA